CUCAAAAGAGAAAAGAGCAAGAAGAUGGCACAAGAAGAAAUGAGAAAAGGACCAUGGACAGAACAAGAAGACCUUCAACUUGCAUUUUAUGUGAAUUUGUUAGGCGAUCGACGAUGGGAUUUCUUAGCCAAAGUUUCAGGUUUUUAAGGUUGGCGGGAGAUAUAUAGAUUAGAUUUGAGAAGAACAGGAAAAAGUUGUAGAUUACGAUGGGUGAAUUACUUACAUCCUGGUCUCAAACGAGGAAAGAUGACUCCACAAGAAGAACGUCUUAUUCUUGAACUCCACUCCAAAUGGGGAAAUAGAUGGUCAAGAAUUGCAAGGGACGUAUCCGGGAGAACAGACAAUGAAAUAAAGAAUUACUGGAGAACACACAUGAGGAAGCAGGCUCAAGAUGAGAGGAAGUUAAACAAAGCAUCAUCUAGUAUUUCUCCAUCUUCAUCCUUCUCCAAUACUUCAUCUUUCUCGUCUAAUAGUCCUGAUGUGGAUUUCACACCCAUUAUGGAAAACAACGAAAGGAACUUCUACCAUAUAGGUGGACUACAAAAGAAAGUUGUUGACCAUGAUAAAGGAAAAAACAUGAAGGUGUACUCUAUGGAUGAUAUAUGGAAAGACAUUGAAUUAUCAGAAGAAAAUGAAACAAAGAGUAAACAAAUUAUGCCAUCAACUAUAUGGGAUUAUUGUCCAAACACUUUAUGGAUGGCUGAUGAUCAAGAAGAAAGUAAGAUGUUUCCUAUGUUUUAUUGCUUGGAUAACCAGGAUAACACAUUUUUGGCUAACAAAGGGUUAUUUGUUUGAA